AUGAAUGACACAUCCAUCGCCAAAGCAUCAGCGGGUGCUCCAAGUAGCACGACACCAGCCGCUCAGGAGUUGCGGCAAAAGCUGCUUGCGCAAAUUUUUGAAUACAACACUGAUGCAAACACACCAUCUGAGCUAAGAAUACAUGUUACUGGUCUUACACUAGAGGAAGGUGCAAUAUUUGAGCGUGGUCCCAGUCCAGUCAUAAAAGAUCCAGGAUUUCAAACUCCUGCCAACUCACCACAAGAGGGCCUGUCUUCAUUACGCAACGCUGUUCUUGACAUAAAGAGCCCUCUUCCCAAAAACUCAAAAACGUCAUUGAAGCGCGAAGCAUCAAAAUCGAGAGAAUAUACACAUUGGCGAGACACGAAGAUGAAAUUGCGAGAUCUUCAACGUGAAAAAGAAACCUUGGAAAUGGAAGGUCGUCGUCGAGCUGCAAAAGAGCAAGCCGAUGCUCGAUGGCAAGAUCGAGCGCUAAGAGAUUAUAGAGAAAACAAAGCAGAGAUCAAGUACGAUAUAGUACCUGGUGCUGAUGGUAGUGAUAAGGUAGUCAUCACCGAUUUGCAAUAUCCAAAGAACGUCCCGGGGACUGGAGGAGUUUUGUCAGGAAAUGCAAUGGAUGAGAGGAUUGAGCAUGAUAUCCGGCAUGACGAAGAUUCUCUCCGACAGUCGCUUAUUGAUAUCAUAAACGGCGAAAGCGGGAGACAGUAUCGAAAAACUACAUCAAAUCGGAGAAGAAGAUCGCCACAGAUACCUACGGGAACAAGACAACUAGCUGAAGCUAGAAGAAAAUUGAACAAAGAAUGGGUGGCAAGCGAAGGCCAUCGAAGAGCAAUAAGGCAAGAUGACGAAAGUACGCGGAAGAAUCUUCUGAAAGGUGUCAAUCGAGCUAUCGCAACUGCUGAAGAGAUGGUACUGAAGGGUGCAGAACAGUUCAGAGACUUUGUGAAUGGAGAUCGGGCUUGGGAAAACACGACAGAAGUGGUAUAUAACAGCAAGAAUAAGUAUUCGCGACUUCGAGAUGAGAGUCCCCUAACAUAUGCCAGACCAGAACACGCAUCACCACAUUCGGCAAGAAACGGACCAGAGUCUAGGAGCCGUGGUGAAAAUGGUUACGCACAUGAGCUAUCAGUAUCAGAGGAGAGAGGAAGGCCAGCCUACACAGAAGGGACUUCACCGCCAUUCCAGGCGCAUAUGAAACAAGCACUUCCAAGGGCGAGAGUUAAUCCACAGGCUCAUAGUGGUGGCUUACCGGAACCUCCUCGUCGUGAAAAACUUUAUGGUGGCAAUCACACACCGGAAAAGAAUGGUCCACCGCAGGCUUUCCGAUCGACACAAGAAGAAAAGGACCGACCUUUCGUCUAUCGGCCGAGAGAAAAUCUCCAAAUACCUCCGAUGUCUCCCUUAGUCCCAAAAGUAACACAACCUCAGCGAAAACCGAACCCAAAGCUUGAACAUCUACCCGUUGUUUUCCCCGUAUCAGCCAUUCGAGAUUCUCGUCUACUGCCAAGUGAAAGUCCAGCUCAAUGGAAAAUUCGUACGCAACGCGAAGCAGCCCACGCCAAGUUUGAGAGGGAAAAAUCAAAAUAUCAAGGAGAAGUCGAAACUGCAAAAAUGGAUGAGCAAGCUUCGCCAAAAGGUAUUCUGAGGCGGGAUGGAAAAGGGAAAGGUAAGGGUAUUGCGUGGGCUGAUAAACCUACUGAUUCCAAAGAGGAUAAUAUGUCUUCAAUGGGAAAGACUCUCUCAUUUAAUCAGAGAGCAGAUCAAGAGGAGUUCAGAAAGUUGCAGGAGAAAAGAGCCAUACGGGAAGGGAAAUAUAGAUGCCAUGCAACAGAAAGCACUAUUGAGAGAGAGAAUUUGGCGGCAAGGGAGAAAGCGAAGGCAUUGGCCGAGAAGUUGAUGCGCGGUGGAGGUGGUUCUGAGGAUCAAAGGGACUCAAGGGCAGGAAAAUAA